CACAAGUUCGUCCAACACCAGUUCUACAACAUCAUGCGUUGCGCUCUUUGCGGAGACUUCCUCAAGUAUUCGACAGGCAUGCAGUGCGAGGACUGCAAGUACACUUGCCACACUAAAUGCUACUCUAGCGUUGUCACCAAAUGUAUCAGUAAGAGUAACGCUGAAACUGAUCCGGACGAAGAGAAGAUCAAUCACCGCAUCCCCCACAGAUUCCAGGCCUUCUCAAACAUGACAGCCAACUGGUGUUGCCACUGCGGUUACAUUUUGCCUUUUGGCAAGAAGAACUGCAGGAAAUGUGCGGGUAAGUUUGCGAGAAGUACCAAGCUGGUAAACUAAAGACAAAGCUGACUUUUGAAUAGAAUGUGGCCUCACAGCACACGCAGCAUGCGUACACCUUGUUCCUGACUUCUGUGGAAUGUCAAUGGCCGUGGCGAACCAGAUUUUGGAGGGUAUCAAGUCUACUAGAAUGAUCUCCAAGAACAAGACUUCCACCUCUCUGAGCGAUCGGACACUGCGGCAGAAGCCGACAAGCCCAACAAGCACUAUCGGCUCUCCUCAUAGCGGAGGCCAGCCGUAUGCUGGAGGGUCACCGGAGGCAACUGAGGCUGCCAAGUUGAUGUACCAACAGCAGCAGCAGCAGUCUCCGCCUGGCCAGCGACCAAUGCACCCUGAUCGUACUUCUUCAAGCACGGCAGCGGCGGCGGCAGCGACGGCGGCGAUGAGCGGAUCAAUGGCUUCACAGCAAAAGCCUCAGUCUCAGGACUACUCAAGUUACGGUGGACGCCCUGGUUACCCAGCUCAGGCAGAGCAACCAGACUCGUACAACAGCGGCGGCCCCAAGUACAACCCGGCAGACUACGCGCAAGUCAACCAGCAAGCUGGAUAUGGCCAACAUCCCCCUGCGCAACAGCAGCAACAGCAGCGACCUGUUCAGCAGCAGCCGCCGCAGCAGCAACAGCCUCCCCCUCAACAGUACCCGCAACCUCCCCAACAGCAAAUGUACCAGCAGUCGCCCGUCUCCUCGCCUAAGCUGCAGGAGCCACCUCAAAUCUCACCCAUUGCAUCAACUGGGGGUGUUCCUAGCUCUGGCGCUGGACGUAAGCCGUUGCCUUCCGCCACCGAUCCUGGAACUGGUCAACGUAUCGGCCUCGACCAUUUCAACUUCCUGGCUGUGCUUGGUAAGGGUAACUUCGGAAAGGUCAUGCUUGCGGAAACGAAGCGAUCCAAGAGGCUUUAUGCUAUCAAGGUGUUGAAGAAGGAGUUCAUCAUUGAGAAUGACGAAGUGGAGAGCAUUCGCUCCGAGAAGAGAGUAUUCCUUAUCGCCAACCGGGAGAGGCACCCAUUCUUGACCAACCUUCACGCAUGUUUCCAAACUGAAACCCGUGUGUACUUCGUUAUGGAGUACAUUAGCGGUGGUGAUCUCAUGCUGCACAUUCAGCGAGGCCAGUUUGGCACUAAGCGAGCGCAGUACGUAACCCCUCGUCCAUUUUCACCAAGAUAUUUACUGACCAAAUUCUAGAUUCUACGCCGCCGAGGUUUGCCUGGCGCUCAAGUACUUCCACGAGAACGGUGUCAUCUAUCGUGAUCUGAAGCUUGACAACAUCCUUUUGACCUUGGACGGACACAUCAAGAUUGCCGACUACGGUCUUUGCAAGGAAGACAUGUGGUUCGGCUCGACUACUAGCACCUUCUGCGGUACUCCAGAGUUCAUGGCCCCCGAGGUAUAUUCA